UCCACUGCUGAAUUUUUAACGCUGUUGUGGAACUUUUUUUUUCCAGGCGGGUUACUGUGGCACCAGGGUACUGUUACACCGCCGGAGACAGAGAGACAGGGUUCAGUUCAGUUCUGUUGUUUACUGAGGCUGGACCAACACAGGACUGUUGAUGGGGUGUACGGUCUGUCCUGCCCUGAUGCCGUUAUCGUAGCAACAUGACCCUCAACACCCAGAGAGAGAAGGAGCCUCUGCGGCGGCGAGGCAGCACGCCGAUUCCUCCCGCCCACUUCUACCGGCACCAGUCCUGGACUCGGGACUUUCAGGACACUCCGCUCCCCGGCGGCACCCAGCCGGAGCCCGAGCAGCCGAACCCCCAGCGCAACCACCUUCCUCUGGGACAGUCGGCGUCCUACCACCCUGGAGACAAGUCCCUCCACUACCGCGCCCAGUGGAGCUCAGACUCGGACGACGACUCGCAGAGCGACUCGGACUGUGUUUACAGAGUGGUGUUGCUUGGCGACCCCGGCGUCGGAAAGACCAGCCUCACAGGAAUCUUUGCCGGAAUCACAGAGAAAGAUGAACAACCCGGAGAGGACUCAUACGAGCGGACACUGACGGUAGAUGGAGAGGAAUCCACACUCAUCGUCAUGGAUACCUGGGAGAAUGACAAACUGGACGACUCCUCUCAGGACGACUGUCUGAAGGUCGGGACUGCUUACGUCAUCGUCUACUCCAUCACCGACCGCGCCAGCUUUGACGCCGCCGCUGAGCUCCGUAUCACGCUGCGACGCACGCGCCAGGCCGAAAACCUUCCCAUCAUACUCGUGGGCAACAAGAGCGACCUGGUGCGAUCCAGAGAAGUAGCUGUGGAAGAGGGGCGAGCGUGUGCGGUGGUGUUUGACUGCAAGUUCAUCGAGACGUCGGCGUCUUUGCAGCACAACGUGACCGAGCUGUUCGAGGGCGUCAUCCGACAGAUCCGCCUCCGUCGAGACGACGCCGAGGCCCUCCAGCGCCGAGGCUCCGUUUACAAGCGCAAAGAGAGCCUCACCCAGAAGGCUCGGCGCUUCCUGGACCGACUGGUGGCACGCAACAACCAGCGCAUGGCGGUCAAAGUGCGCUCCAAGAGCUGCCACGACCUGGCCGUCCUCUGA